AUGCUUGCAGCUGCUCUUUUCCAAGCAGCUAUCGCUCUCGCUGCCGUUGAGCUCCCGUUCACUGCGCGUCGGGGAUCGGCGUUAUCCUCGGAUUCAGUCUCCCCGCUGGUUUCACGAAUGCUGGCCAAACGUGGCGCCGACGACCCCGCGGGGCCUUCCGUUGACGUGAGCCUCACUCCGUCUUACAACUUUUAUUAUGCCAAAGUGAAAAUUGGAACUCCUGCACAAGACCUCGAGCUGCUUCUCGAUACCGGCUCCCCAAUCACUUGGGUUUAUGGUCCCGAUACCACCUACAAAGAUGCACCCCAAUUCAAUCCCUCCGACUCAAAGAGCUUUGUUGCAUACAACACCUCGCUUCUUGCCUCUUAUGGCUCAGGGCAGUAUAUGGGGUACUGGGGUCAGGACACGGUUGAGGUUCCUGCGGCAACGUAUGAGCUGUCCAAGCAGUCUUCCAAUUUGGCCCAGAACUUUAUUUUCGGGGUGGUGGAAAGUUUCGCCGCUGCAGCAGGAGCUCCGGGCCUCCUGGGGUUGGGGCCCCACUAUGAAGGUGCCGGGCCAUCUAAUUAUACCACCCUACCCGAGGCCUUGUACAAUCAGAACAUCACCGAGUCGCCUGCUUUCUCUGUCUAUCUUCAUGGCGACGAGGGCAAGCUGAUUCUGGGCGGAUGGGACCACAACGAGAUCGAAUGGCCGGUCUAUGGCUUCCACCAUAUUCAGGCUCGUGACAACUUCUAUCGUGUUCCCUUCACUGAGCUUGCUUUGAACCAUGGUGAUCCUUAUGAUGUCGUCAACACUGCUCUUCUUGACACUGGUUCGCCCAUGAGCCUGAUGCCUCCCGGUUUCAUCAAAAAAUCGGCGACCAGUACAAUCUCACCGAAGGACGUCAGCAACCUCGAAGGCUGGGUGACAUUCCGUCUGGGUCAGUUCGAGAUCGACAUAGCCGUCAAGGAUCUGUUUGUUCCUGGUGAAUACAUUUGGAUGAACGACGGCCCUGCUAAUGUAACUUCUUUGUCGCUUAUUGGCUCGCCUAACUAUUUGCUUGGUGACGUCUUCUUCCGCCAUGUCUACACAGUAUUUGACACCGCCAAUAAGAUGAUCUACUUGUCGCGCCGUCGCCAAAACCCCCUUCCUGCUAAUGACACUAUUGUCCCAUUUUCGGAGAGCAUCGACUAUAUUCCUGGUGAGAUUAACGUCACUGCUAACGCUCCAACUUCAGGUGCUCCCACCACCACCCACGCUCUUGUCACCUCGACUGCGCCUCUGUUUGCAAACAUUUAUCGCGGACCCACGGCCGAGAUCAAGGCUGAGGAACCCACUUCACUUGCGGCUACUUUGAGCUCAGCCGAUCCUGCGUCGAGUGGAUUGGCUGUUGACACCAAGAGCCACUCGGGCAAUGAUAAUACUACCAGUGCUACGGCUUCUUCUUCUGCCGCUUCUUCUACUACGGCUAAAAAUGGAGCAUCUGUGGCUACUGUGCCUGGCCUGCUCGCGCUUUUAGCCUUCCUCAUUUAA